UAAUAAUGAUGAGAGUUUUAAGUCCACAGACAAUCUUGUGGAUGGAUCUCCGUUAAAUUUUCGUUCAAUUUUUAUACAAUCGUACAAUGGUAGUGUUGGCUUGAUUGAGAUGCUGUACCACACGGUAUUCUAAUUACAGAGUUUUUAUUUGUGUGUUUGGGUAACUGGCUUAUGGAAGAUGAAAAAUAAAAAGAAUGAUAAAAUAAACAAGGUAUGAGCUGCUCUGUAGAAUUACGUCAGCAAAGGCAACAAGAGAUGGAGGAGGAUCCCCACAAACUUGUAGUGAACAAGUCGCAAAGGCUGUUUUUAGGUCUUUUGGUUCUCUUUUUAGUGGAUAUUAUAUGGGUAUCUAGCUCCGAACUCACCAAGUAUAUUUAUCAAGAAGCAGCAUUUGAUAAGCCUUUUUUCACCACGUACAUUAAAACUUCAAUGUUUACAUUGUACUUAUUAGGCCUCUGCUUUUGGCCACCAUGGAAAGAUCAGUGUAACAAGCCAACAACGUAUAUGUUCAUAGAUCCAAAUGUUGAGGAUGACAACUUUUAUUCGGAAGGUAGUACGAGCUUGAGUGAUCCAACAUUUGUACCAGUAAAAUCUGACAGAUCUUCUGGUACGGAAAGCGACGAUUCAUCUGUGCGCUCAGUACGUUUCAGUAAAUUUGCAGAAGUUAGACAUAUGUCGGAAAACGAUGCAACUGAAGCUCUUUUGGCUAGAUUGAGUUACCAAGCGAGCGUGAGAGCAGGUGAGCGUGCUAAAAGGCAAGCUAACAAAUUUUCUAUUCAAAAGGUUGUCAAAAUCGCCCUGAUGUUCUGCUUUUUGUGGUUCAUUGGUACUUAUACUUAUCAGAUGUCUUUGUCACAAACAGAAGCUGGAAUCGUUACAGUACUAUCUUCUACAUCUAGUGUAUUUACGCUUUUUCUUGCCGCAUUUUUUCCUAGUAAUAAUGGAGAUAAAUUCUCUCUUACUAAGCUAGUUGCAGUAACAAUAAGUAUUCUAGGCCUUGUUCUUGUCGGUAUUUCGGAUUUGGCUGUGGAAGCGAGUCGUGUGCCUAGUGGUAUAAUAUUAGCUCUAGUCAGUGCAUUUUUUUAUGCUGUUUAUAUUGUUUUUUUGAGGAAAAAAAUUGACCAUGAAGAUAAAAUGGACAUACCAAUGUUUUUUGGGUUCGUUGGUCUAUUUAAUUUAUUGCUUUUUUGGCCUUUAUUUUUUAUUUUACAUUAUGGACAAUGGGAAGAGUUUCAAUGGCCUACGCCACAUCAAUGGGCAUUUUUGGUUAUUAAUGGACUUGUUGGAACAGUAUUUAGCAAAGUCUUAUGGCUUUGGGGAUGUUUUUUAACUUCGUCUCUCAUAGCAUCAUUGGCAAUUAGCCUGACGGUGCCAAUAUCUAUGAUAAUUGAUGUAGUAUUGAAAAAAGUAGAAUAUCCUUGUAUUUUCUACUUGGGAAGCAUUCCAAUGAUCUUAGGAUCUUUUCUAACAGUAUCGCUUUUGUCGCAUUUCGAUAAUUGGGAUCCAGUUUUAGACUUGUUUUGUCGCAAAAGUAGAUCAUUAAGAAUACCAGAUUUGGAAGCUGAACAAACAGAAUCCUUAAUUGGUAUAAAUAGUGAGCAUGAAGCGUAGCAGUGAAAAAUGACACAGAAUUUUAGCUUUUAUAUGAUGAAUUAUUAACUAGGAGCUGGAAUGUGAAAAGUUAGUAUUAUGAAACCGCUUUGUUUUAUGCAGAAUGAAGUGCCGUUAGAAUGGUAAAAGUAUUAAAUUUUAAAUGAUUACAUAAUUUUAUUCCAGUUAAUAAUAAUUCUGUAAAAUCAUUUCGUUGGUAAUGUUUUUUUUAACUUUGAUACAAAUAAUAAAUAAUCUUGUGAUAAUAUGUUGACAGACUGUUAAAUUUUCAAUUUAAGUAUAGCAGCUUAGUUUUGUUGUAUAUUUAUAUUCUCUAUUAAUAUAAAAUAUUAUGCAAACAAUUACUUUGCGGAAAUAAAAUAUAGCGGUGGAUUCUGUGAAUGGCUUAAUUAUAGGCACAGAAUAUCGAUCACAAUAUUUUGUAUAACUAAUUUUUAUGGAUACAUUAAAUGGAAGAUGUUUUUUCACUUGAAAGUUUAAAUCACUUGUUUAUAAAAUAUCUGCAGC